GCUACAUGUAAUAACUAUACAACGAGAAAGCUUGUUUUCUCCUCCUUUAUAGCAUGUAGUAGGGUAUAAUAAACUUAUUUUCACGUAUGCAAGCACUUGUGUGCAAGUAUUUAUCAAUAUAUUCCGAGGAAGUUUUUUUAUUAAAAAUCUCCCAUUUCUAUUCCACAAGUAUCGACGUGUUGAUUAGCUAAUUGAUAGUAGUGUUAUACUCGAGAAGCGUUCAUCUAUCUCCGAAUGCUAUUGAGUCAGCGUGCCUAGAGCAGAAUGUCGACUCCGUUGCUAGGAGUUGCUCAAGAAAGUAUCAAGAAAUCAGAGAUUGAGGCAGUCAUAUCCCCUGACUAUGGGAAGGUACACAUCAUCAAGAAAGGUUUCGGAGGAACGAUUAGCACAGCCGUUAAACUGAACACUGAUCUGAAAGUGAUAGUAAAAUCAGUUGAUAAAGAUGCAGCUCCAGACUGGGUGUUUGUGCGCUCACAACAACGCAAUUGA